AUGGAACUGACAAGCUUUGACUAUUUAUUAAUAGUAGAUGAUUAUAGCAUAGAAACGGUUGAAAUGAUUAAUGAUGAUGAGAUAAUUGCUUUUGAUGGUAUCAGAAACGAGAGAUUUGCAACAUCAAAUUAG